GCCAAAGCGGAAUGUGAGAACUUAACCACUGCACCACCAGGACGGCCCCUAUCUUAGGCAUUUUGAUGCUAUGAAACUUCAAUGAGAGCAAUUGUAGCAUCAAUUAAAUAACAGUUGGACUAGAAGGAGAUAAAUCAAAAGUACUUUUAAAAGAGAGAAAACACAGGCAGAUGCCUUGCUGUGGUUGUGACUGUUUAGGAGGCUGCUGCUGGGAACACUGAAUCAUACCUGCCUGUGACCCUGGAUCCCUGAGCCCUCCCAGCAUGACCCUCCUCUCUCUUGGGGACCUGAAGAUCUAUUGGAUCCCCUGAUAUGUCUGAGCCUCUGGGCUGCAUGUGGAUCAGAAGGAACAAAAGGACCACUUGGGAAAGGCUGCAAGUUAAACUCAACGUUAGCCAGUGUCUGUUGUGAUUGUUUUCUUUUCUUAGCUCAUUGAGCUUUCUCUCAGUCCACAGAGCCGCCAUCCAACUUUCUUGAGCUCUGGUCUCAUAGAGGAGACUCUUGUGUUGAUAGAAGGAAAGAUCCUCUCCAUUUCUUUUUCUGUAUCGUUGCCCGUCUUAUAGAGGUUGCGCUUCUGAGAUAUAGUUCAUGUUUCUAUUCACUUUGGGAAGUUUUUUCUUUAUUUCCUAGCAGUGUAUUUCCUCCUUAGUCAAUUUUCUCUGAGUGAUUUUAUUCAAACCAUCUGUUAUUUUCUUCUAAAUUUGUUCUCCAUUGUUCUGUGGUGCUUUUAAGAUUUUUUUUUUUUUGCAUCAGUCACUUGAGAUUGGAAGGAUUUUCUGCGUCUUUGAGUGACUUUGUCUGUCCUUCAAAGCGAGCCAUUGUCAGUCUAUGAGAGAAAAGCUGAGGGGGCUCCACUUUCUGUCCAUUUUCAAGAAGGUCUGUUGUGUCCUUCAGUGAAGACCUGGUUGGGGUUUUUAUCAAGUGUUGCCCAGUACAGAGUCGGUCACCUCGGAGCACUGGUCUCCGCCACAGAUGACUUACGGAUGUCAUUGGCUUGUGUGAUUGGUUCAGUCUUCUCAUGGCCGUUUCCAUGUGCUUCAACCCAGGCAGAACACCUUUUGGCUAGCUCUUUUCCCUUUCUUAAAGUGUGCUGGCUGUUUACUAUGAAAACCCCCAUAGCAGCACUUACCAGGGUGUCCCAGGGAAACCCAAGGAGUCCUGGGACUGUCUCAAGCUUUCAGACAUCACCAGCAGAGCACCCCACAGCAGCUCCAGGACCAGCCGGAAACACAUGUUGGGGGCAGGCAGCAGGCCCUCCAUGGAUACAAAGGGCUCCAGGGCUCUGUCUCCAACUGCCAAUGUCCUGGGGGCCACAACUGACCACAAGGAACCCUGUGGAGUGUUCUGUCUCUAAUGCAGGCAAUUGCCUGGCAACCAGGACAGACCAUCCGUUGGGCUGGGGGAGGGGGAGGUGAGUCUGGUUCUAGAAAAUGGUUCUCUCUAACUUUGCUCUGCUUAGUGCAGAAACAGAAAGUGACAUUAGGGGCUGGCCCGGUGGCGCAGCAGGUAUAUUUUUUUACAACGGACAUCCAAUAAAGCAGGUAGAUAUCUUGGGAACCGUAAUUGGAGUGAGAGAGAAAGAUGCUUUCUACAGUUAUGGAGUGGAUGAUAGCACUGGAGUUAUAAACUGCAUCUGCUGGAAAAAGUUGAACAAUACCGAAUCUUCGUCAGCUACAGCUGCUUCAAGUACAAGAGAUCGGAGCUUAACCUCCCAGCUUAAGAAGCUGCAAGAGACCAUUGAGCAGAGAACAAAGAUAGAAAUUGGGGACAUUAUCCGGAUCAGAGGUUAUGUCCGCACAUACAGAGAAGAGCGAGAAAUUCAUGCUACUGCUUAUUAUAAAGUGGACGAUCCAGUGUGCAACAUUCAAAUUGCAAGGAUGCUUGAGCUGCCCAGUAUCUACAGAAAAGUUUAUGACCAGCCCUUCCGCAGCCCAGCCCUAGAGAAAGAAGGGGCACUAAGCAGCAAUCCAAGCGCCCUAGACCUGGCCAGUCUCACGUGUUUGCUGAGUGAAAAAGCCAAAGAAUUCCUCGUGGAGAACAGAGUGCAAACCUUUUACCAGCAGGAAUUGGAAAUGGUGGAGUCUUUGCUGUCCCUUGCCAAUCAGCCUGUGAUUCACAGCGCCUGCGCUGAGCAAGUGGAUUUUAAGAAUGACACCACUUCCAAGGCAAUUCAUAGUAUAUUUAAGAAUGCCAUAAAGCUGCUGCAGGAAAAAGGACUCGUUUUCCAGAAAGAUGGUAGUUUUGACAACCUAUUUUAUGUAACCAGAGAAGACAAAGAACUGCACAGAAAGAUCCACCGGAUCAUUCAGGAAGACUGCCAGAAACCAAAUCACAUGGAGAAGGGCUGCCACUUCCUGCACAUCUUGGCGUGUGCUCGCCUGAGCGUCAGCCCGGGCCUGAGUGAAGCUGUGCUGCAGCAGGUGCUGGAGCUCCUGGAGGACCAGAGUGACAUCGUCAGCACCAUGGAGCACUACUACAUAGCUUUCUGAGGAGAGGCAGCAGACAGCACGGGCGGAGCCGGGCCGAGGAGGAGAAAGACCAUGUGCUGUUUGCUCCCAGGCUCUGAUUUAAGCAUCCUGCAGAGGUUUAUAAGGCUGGAGGCAAUUAUCUCAUAAUAAACUAUGAAAUGUGGUCAUUUGAUGAAUGA